UCCCGUGGUCCGCGACUCGGUCCAGCAUAGAAAUCGUUCUCUCACUCUACCCUCGAAUUAAUUUUAUUUUUCUGCCAAUCCUUCGCUCGCGAUUCUUGACUCUCGAUUGAUCGCAGUGUAACGACGAAAAGAAAAAAGUGCAAUUGGAGAGUAAAAUCUGCUCUCGCAGCAGAAUCUGAUUAUCGAAACCGCAUCGUAUUAAGAAUUCUUCGAUUUACCGCAAUGCUGGUCUGCGAGCGAGGCGAGAAGGCGAAAAGUGAUUCGAAGUAGUCCGAAAAAUGUCGCAGCAGCAUCCGUCGAGGGCAUCCGGAGGCUACGUGCCUCCGAAUCCCCGAUCGGGGCGAGCUAAUGCACCCAAUAUGCCGAGCCCAUUCAGGCCCGCGUCUCCAUACACGCCCUCGUCGUCGCCACAUCCGCAAGGACGCGUCCCACGUGGGCCUCCGACCCCGAUUCACUCGACUCGUCCUAUGUCGCCGCUCUCGUAUCCCGGAAUGAUGAUGCACCCGAUGAGCCCGGUGCCGAUCGGGAUGCCUAUCUCGCCCGGCAUGUCGCCCGUCUUUGGCUGUCCCACUUCGGGUUACAUCCAGUGUCCAAGACCACGGUGGCCUUCGCCGAUCCCUACGAGCAGUCAAGCACCAAAGCCGUUUAUACCGACGCAGAGUUCCUUUACGAGCGAUUCGACGUCUCCGGUACCAUGCGCGCCUCCAGAAUAUCUGAUAGCACCCUACAGACCUGGGGAAUACGAAUAUAUCGGAGUGCCCUUAGAUCAUACGCAGACGGACGAGGAAAGCAGUGGUCCAAGCACAGCCGAGAUCAUCGCCAGUCAGAGUCAAGAUUACGUGGACGAGAAGCUUGCUGAGUACCAAGCUACUAUCCAGCAAUUGCAAGGUAAAUUUUAUGAAACCUUGGGGAUUAAUGUGUUAGGAUCCUAGAUAGCAUCAUCUUCAAAAUUGAGGCAUAAGACAUCUUUAACAAAUCUUUAGGACACCUUUGAAAAGUCUUUAAGACAUCUUCAACAAGUCUUGUGAUAUGAUAUCUAAAAAUCAUUUUAAGGACGUGUUAUAUCCCGAUUUUGGACAGGUCGAUUUUUGAUGACUGAUCACAUUAUAAGAAAAAUAAUGGACAUUAAAUGUGAUCACUUAUUCUUUUACAGAAUCUAUAAUUAUAAACUAUUUUGCAUUUUUACUGAUGUAUAUUUAUUUCUAACAUUUUUAUUUAGGAAAAAUUUGUUCUCUUUUGCUGCACUGGUGAAUUAGUGCAAUAAGUUAAAGUGAAACAAGUAUAUUUUGUUUCACUCUAAUUGAUUGCACUGGUAUGCACUAGUUCUCACCAGUUGUAGCAAUAAAAAAACAAAUCCCUAGAUUUUGCAAAAUAAAACUUGUAUGUUAUGAAACUUAUCGCAAACUAUUUUAUGACUAAUAAGGUAGUUUGUUAAAAUG